AUGCCUGCUGACAAACAGCAGCAGACCAGAUUCAACUGGAAUAAGUUCCCUUACUCAAAGCUACAAGAAUCAUACACAGGCCAUGUCGCGUGUCAUUUAUCCCCUUGUGAAAAUACCAUUAAAGUGGCCUUGAACCAGAUCGGAUAUGUCAAGUGCAUAAACUUGGGCUGUCAAGCUAUUAUGAACAAAUAUUGCCAGAUAAACAUCCAAAAGAGAUCCUGGACAUGCUGCAUUUGCAAAACUAUCAACAGCAUAAACGAUAACAUCAGCCAAGAGCUGCUUGAUAUCUUUAGAAAUAAUGGGUCAUUUGACUUCUUGCUGGACACCAUCAUCCCCGGUCCAACUGUGGAGCCUCGAAUGAUAUUUAAUCAAAAAACAAAGGUAUACAUGUACAUGAUUGACCUUUUGACAGAAAAAGACGAACUCAGCUCAUUGAAAUCAUCAAUUUUGGAAUCGGUAUCAGCUCUUCCCGCCAACUCGGUGGUUAUUGUGAUAACUUAUGACUCAAAAACCAUCAGGAUCCAUGAUUCUGAUACCGGAAUCCCUCACGCAUUUGAUAUAGAAUCACCAAUUGAUGUAAAAAACAUGAGAAAUAACUUAUUUUCUGGAAGCUAUGACAGAUUUAGAAUCAAUAAAUACUUGUACAAUCUUAACGACUCAGUUCAACUAACCAACUUGCAGUCAUCAUUGAAUAAUUUGAGUACCACUAACAUUGAAAAACCAAAAGGACAAAGACACACAAGAAUUACUGGCACAGCACUCCAGAUUGCCAUGGAAUUGGUUAAAGUUAUGAAGUUAGAAAUUUUGCCUAUUUUGGCUAACAAAUUGAGCUUCAUUGUUAAUGUAUUGGUGUUCAUUUCGGGUCCAUGCACUACGGGCGCAGGGAAAAUAAUAAGUCCUUCAUUGAAGUCCAAUUUCAGAAAUCACAAUGUGAUCGUUGAAAGUUUUUCUGAGUUGAAUCAAUUGAAUUAUGCCGUGAAGUUCUACAGCGAUUUGAUUUAUGCAAAUGUUGGGCUAUUAUAUGGGCUUGACUCAGAACAUCGAGCAUUUAACAAAAAUUGCAAUAUCUCAAUCAAAUUUGAUAUAUUCAGCGCCAAUUAUGAUGAAACGGGUUUAUUUGAAAUGCAGAAUUUAUGUAACUUGACUGGUGGGAGGUUAAUUUUAUCUGAUAGCUUCGACACCAAUAUUUUCAAGCAGAAUUUUUUGAAAGUGUUUCCAGGAUCUCAAAACAGGCUAAACUACAACGGAAGGUUAGAUAUAUUGACCAGUUGUAAUUUGAAGAUUAACGGUGCAAUUGGUCCUUUAGUAUCAUUAAAAAACCAUUCACAGUAUGCCUCUGAUUUGAGAAUAGGUGAAUCAUUAACCAACUCAUGGCUUAUUAAUUCUUUUCAAGACACAAAUUUCACAGUAUUUUUCCAACAGGAAGAUUUCAUUGGGAAGAAGAGGUUGAAAAAUGAUUUUUACUAUGUUCAAUUUAAGCUAAGAUAUAAGAAUAGAGAUGAGAAUUUUUUGAAAAUUAUAACGGUUGAAAAGAAAAAUGGUCACACCCCUGCAGAAUUAGCUGAAGGCUUUGAUCAAGUUGCUUAUUUAGGCAUCUUAGCAAAAAAAGUAGUUUAUGAUAAUUUGUUCAAUUUGAAGUAUGACGAUUUGAAUGAAGAUCUUGAUCUAAUGUUCAAAAACUUGAUUGUGGAAUUUGGAAGAGUGUUGAUUGAGGAGCCGACCUCAGUCUGGAGCAAUGAAAAAUUCCACAAUUUCAUCACUGAAAACAGUUUGAUUGAACUUAACUCAAAAUUUAACUUGAUACCAGAAUUUUUUUAUUAUUUGAAGAAAUCAUAUAUUGUGAGGAAAUUCAACAUAACGCCCGACGAAACCAGUUUUUACAAUAAUAUUCUCUUACAAAGUAAUGCCAAGGUUACAAGAUUAAUUGUUAAUUCUUCAUUAUAUAAUGUUUCGGUGCAUGGCUUUCCAAAUAUUGUGUCAUCCGAUACUAAUUUCGACAUCGCAGCUUUAAAAUAUGAGCAAAUUUUCUUAACUCCAAUACCGCUAGAUGCCGAUGCUUUAAGCAUUUCAAAUAACAAUAUUUUCAUAUUUGAUGAUUUCUUUCAUAUCUUAAUUCAUUAUGGCAGUUCCAUUUCUUACUAUAGAGAUAUAUUCAUAAAAGAAAUCAAUCCAAAAUUGCGUGACAAAGAUCUUUCUAGUAUUGAUCUUGAUGUCGAUAUUAAACAGCCAUUACUAGAGUUCAAAGCUCAAUCUGAAAAUCAAUCCACUUUGAAUCCAAUCGCUUAUCUUAUAGAUACAGUGGAUUUCCUCAAAAUAUUCCAGUUGAUAAGGUACUCAAAACUUAAAGUAUUGCAAGUCAUCAGAGAUCCUCAAAGGCUGGUUUUGCCUAGAUAUGUGGAAACUGAUGAAAACAAAUCCCAGGCCAGAUUCUUAUAUGCCAGACUUAGCCCGGCAGAUAGAUAUAAUGAUAGAUACAGUUUUACUAAUAGCACAAUAAUCAGUGAGGAAAUGAGCUUAAAUGAUUACUAUAGAAAGAUAUGUUUCGAAGCGCGAAUUUCCAUUGAGAGAAAAGAAAAAAUGUGA